UUUCGUGGGGUGGGUCUACUUAUGUUUAUAUUUUUGGUGUACGUAUAACAUUUCCCUUUAAAAAAACGAUAAUUUUGGAAUUACGUGAACAUUUUCACUUUAUUCGUCUUCCUCAUUUUCUUCUCUUUUCACAUACCAAAAUUAUCCAUUAAUUCACACACACACACGCACAAUGUCCGCCGCCAUUUCUUCAUAACCUCAGAGACCUCGGCAGCGUUGACACCGGAAUCUCCAUUCACACUCAAUUCUAACAAGUUCAUGUCUUACACCGGCCUUCUCGCCUCCGACGACGGCCGCCCCGCCGCCGCUGUGAGAAACAGCCUCGGCGAUCGGGUGUCGGCGAGAACGGGCCACGGCGUCCCCAAGUUCAAGUCCCUUCCGCCGCCUUCGCUUCCAAUAUCUCCGCCGGCCGCGGCCGCCUUCUCUCCUUCUUCGUUUUUUGCCUUGCCUCCUGGCCUUAGCCCUUCCGAGCUCUUGGAUUCCCCUGUUCUUCUUUCUGGUUCUAACCUUUUGCCUUCACCAACUACCGGGACAUUUCCAGUCCAGAGUUCGAACUGGAACAAUAACAGUUCUGACAGGUCCCAGCAAAAGGAUAUAAAGGAUGAGCUAAACAACUUCCCCGAGUUCUCUUUCCAAACUCAAACAAACCCUCUAACAUCUUAUGCACAUCAGCCGUGGGGCUAUCUCGAGUCUCUCAAUCCCGAAUUCAGCACAUCUGACAAAGCAAACUUUGAGCCUGAGCUCAGCUCGGUCCAGAGCUUCUCCCCCGAGAUCUCCACAAUCCAAACUAGCGACUCAAAAAUCGAGCACAAUCAUUUGUCACAGGAUAACAGAAAGUCAGAAGAAGACGGGUAUAACUGGAGAAAAUAUGGGCAGAAACAGGUGAAAGGGAGUGAGAACCCGAGAAGCUACUACAAAUGCACUUACCCGAAUUGCCCCACCAAGAAAAAGGUGGAAAGGUCCUUAGAUGGGAAAAUUACUGAAAUUGUGAUCAGAGGUACUCAUAACCACCCAAAGCCUCAGUCGACUAGGAGAUCAUCUUCAUCCUCCUCGUCAGCUUCUUCUGUGGUGUUCCAGUCAUGCAGUGCACAGUCGAACGAGAUGUCUCAAGGGUCGAAUGUUGUGGGGAGAAUUGAUCGUUUUCUUGGGACGCCCGAGAACUCAUCGUUAUCUAAUGAUGAUUUAGAGCAGAGCAUUCAGAGGAGCUUGUCGGGCUGUGAUGAAGUGGAUGAAGAUGCGCAUGAUGUCAAGAGAUGGGAGAAAAUGUUAGAUGGUGCCAAACUUUUACAAGUUAUCCUGCUUUUACAGUUGAAAAACUUUUGUUUCUUUUUUUGUUUGGUAAAUAUCAUCAAAUUUGGGGAGAAUGGAAGUGAAGGUAUUUCAGGAAUGGAGAGUAGGACGACAGUGAGAGAACCGAGAGUUGUCGUUCAAACUAUGAGCGAUGUGGAUAUACUCGAUGACGGUUAUAGGUGGAGAAAAUAUGGUCAGAAAGUGGUGAAGGGAAAUCCCAAUCCCAGGAGCUAUUACAAGUGCACUAAUGGUGGAUGCCAAGUGAGGAAGCACGUAGAACGGGCAGCCCAGGAUUCUCGGGCAGUGAUAACCACAUACGAAGGGAAGCACAACCAUGAUGUCCCGCCUGCCCGAAGCAGAAACAACAGCAAUGCAGUAGUGGGCCCGGUUAUGCCUCUGCCUCGACUGCUUGACUCGGAUAUUCCAGCAAUGGGUUUCGAAAAUUUGAGAUCCGAAGAUUUCACGAGCUCAUUGGCUAUUCCUCUGUUGGAGUAUGGUGAAGCACGGUUGCCGAGGGCAAAGGAUGAGCCUGUUGAUGAUGAUGUGUUUGCCGACUCGUUUCUAUGCUGAUUUUUCGUCAUAUAUACAUUAAUUGCUUCCUAUGCUCUUUGUGUUACAUAUUCUGAAAAUAGUUUUUUUUUUUUGGUUUUUUAUUUUCCAUUUUUCAAUAUUAUUAUUUUAUUUUCUUACUGGUAAUUUGAUUUUUUUCUUUUUUUUUGGUUUUUAUGGUUUAUGCGUAUGUUGAGAGGAUUGUGGAGGGAUGCUCUUUCAGUGACUGUGUGUGCUGGGUGAGUUUGGUUGGUUGAUUGGUGUGUUGUCUCUAGAGGAAUAUGACUUUACUUAGUUUACUAUAUAGUUUUGUACGUACAACAAUUGAUUGUACUAAGUAAUUGAGGNCUAUUCAAAUUGAUAUGAAGUGAGAUAUUAUUUCGGUAA